AUGACCAAAUCUCCUUUAAAUUCAGUUUUAUUGAUAGGAGGAUCCGGAUUCUUAGGUCUUCAUUUAAUAGAACAAUUUUAUAGACAUUGUCCAGACACAAAAAUAACCGUAUUUGAUGUCCGUCCACUUCCUACCAAAUUAUCAAAAUAUUUCACCUUUCAACCAACCCAAAUCAAAUUCAUUCAAGGUGAUUUAACUUCCCCCACUGACGUAACAUCCGCCAUCACCGAAUCUCAAUGUGAGGUCAUCGUUCAUGCCGCUUCUCCAAUGCAUGGUCUUCCUCAAGAAAUCUACGAAAAAGUAAAUGUCGAAGGUACCAAGAAUCUUAUCCAAGUUGCAAAACAACAAAAAGUUAAAGCGUUAGUAUAUACUUCCUCCGCUGGGGUUAUUUUCAACGGUCAAGAUGUCCAUAAUGCCAACGAAUCAUGGCCAUAUCCCGAAGUACAUAUGGAUGGAUAUAAUGAAACCAAAGCCAUUGCCGAACUGGCCGUCAUGCAAGCCAAUGACCCCCAACAAGGGUUUUUGACUGUUUGUUUAAGGCCAGCAGGGAUUUUUGGCCCGGGUGAUAGACAAUUAGUACCGGGAUUAAGAGCAAGUGCAAAACUUGGUCAAUCGAAGUAUCAACUUGGUGAUAAUAACAAUUUAUUUGAUUGGACAUUUGUAGGUAAUGUUGCUGAUGCUCAUGUUUUGGCAGCUGAAAAGAUUUUAGAUCCUGAAUUGGGGGCUAAGUUGGGUGGAGAGACUUUCUUUAUUACGAAUGAUGCUCCGACAUAUUUUUGGACUUUAGCAAGAACUGUAUGGAAGGAAGAUGGAUAUAUUGAUAAAUAUUAUAUUAAAUUGAGUCGUCCAGUUGCGAUUUGUUUGGGAUAUGCUUCGGAAUUCUUUUCCAAAUUGGCAGGUAAAGAACCUGGGAUUACUCCGUUUAGAGUUAAGGUUGUUUGUGCUACUAGAUAUCAUAAUAUUUCUAAGGCUAAGACUAUUUUGGGAUAUAAGCCUGCAGUUGAUUUAGAGACUGGUAUUAAAUAUACUUUAGAUUGGAUGAAUGAAGACCUUUAA